UGUUGCCAUUUGGCGGGAAGUUGGGCUAAAGAGUAGUCGUGCAGCCAUGGCGGGGCGGCGGGGUGCCCUCAUUGUAUUGGAGGGCAUGGAUCGCGCUGGAAAGACUACCCAGGGACGGAAGCUCGUGGCGGCACUGCUGGAGGCCGGACACACCGCGGAGCUGCUCCGAUUCCCAGAGAGAUCCACAGAAAUUGGCAAGCUGCUGGGCUCUUACCUGGAGAAGAAGAACAACAUGGAGGAUCACACAGUACACCUCCUUUUUUCUGCAAACCGCUGGGAGCAGGUACCUUUGAUCAAAGAAAAGCUCAGUCGAGGGGUUACCCUUGUGGUGGACAGGUACGCCUUCUCUGGCGUGGCCUUCACAAGCGCAAAAGAGAAUUUUUCACUGGACUGGUGUAAGCAGCCUGAUGUGGGGCUCCCAAAGCCAGACAUCAUCCUCUUCCUUCAGCUGAGCUCAGUGGAGGCAGCAAAACGGGGAGACUUUGGCAAUGAGCGCUACGAAAACAACGUCUUCCAGGAGAAAGCCCUACAGCGCUUCUACCAGCUCAUGAAGGACGACUCUUUAAACUGGAAGACCAUCGAUGCCUCUAAAAACAUAGAAGACUUACACAAGGAGAUUUACUCCCUUUCUGAAGAAACCAUUCAAAUGGCCCAAGAGACACCCGUAGGAGAGUUAUGGAAAUAGAGCUGGCCCACCAGCUCUCCCAGCUUGGCAGGAAGGAGAGAGAAUGCCUUGGCAUGAUCGAUCCAGCAGAAGGAGAAUCUGAUAGCGUAGAAUGUAAGAAGCUAAACAUUAGCCUUCAGUUUGAGACCAUGCUGCUGUGUGAUCACAAUUGUUAUCAGGAGGCCUGGACUGGAGGUUCUUAAUCCCAGCUGGAGGUCACAUCCCGACUGGUUUCUUCAUCAAGGACCAGAACACAGCGUAAAGGAAAUGAUUUUUCAGAGGAUCACAGUGGAUGGUAAAUGUGUUUUUGCUAAGCCAGAAUGAUUUAAAAUUGAUUCUCGAUUCUGCGCCAAGAGAAAGCUCAUUCUCCUUUCUUUUUAACACUUUCCAGUUUCUUCCUCAGACUUGUUUUUAACUUGAAUUAUAAAAACCUAAGUGAAGUAAAUGAAUUGUUCCAUCUGUUUCCUCUCCUUGAGGAUAGCCACUAAAUUCAAUUCCAUCAUCAGCCUGAACAGGGUGAGGGACUUCUUUUUAGAAAGUUCCAGUUGUCUUAACAUUUCAUCCCAGGGGGCAGCUGGUUAGUUCAGUGGAUUGAGAG